AUUUCGUCGUGAAUCAGCGUUUCCCCGCCGAAAACUGAAAAUUUCCUGCGGAAAAAUUGAAACUCCCGACGAAAAAAUAUUUUCCCGCAGGAACUGGCGGAAUCACGCUCAUUUUUUUUCACUGGGUGUUUCUAUUAUACCACUCUAUGAAAUAAUACAAUAAAUCUGUUUGCUGUAGAGCAAAAUUUUUCUUUGGUUUUGUUGAUUACGGAGCAGUACCGUAAAAACAUACAUAAUUUAUUAAAUCAGUAAUAUAUUCUUUAUGAUAAUCAGUCUAAGGUUAUGCUAUACUUAACGUUUACUAGCAUGUGGUACUUAACUGAAUGUGAUUUCGUUUGGAGAAAUAUCAGUCAUAAGUGAAUAUGAGGAAUGUAUGAUCAAUUUUGUUGACCACCCAUUGGAACUUUUGGAAGUUAAUGCGAACAUUUAAAAAGGUCUCAUAUUAAAUUAGUUCAUAUUAAUUUUUUUCCGAUUAAAAAUCAUUUUGAAUUGAUUUAACUUGCUAAAUUAAUUCAAAUCAGUUGAAUUUUAAGCCAUUCGAAUUAGUUUAUCAAGUUAAAUCAAUUCAGAUUGAUUGUUAAUCAGAAAAAAAUUAAUGUGAACUAAUUUAAUAUGAGACGUUUUUAAAUUACUUCGCAUUCAUUUCCAGAAUUUCCAAUGGGCACUGUAUAUCCGAUGCUACUUUCUGUCGACAGAAUUGCUUCUUCUGACAGUACUGCUGUUGUCUUUUUCUUUUCUUUCUUAAAUGAAGGUUAAACUAACAAAUGUACCAGAAUUGAGUGCGCUCUUUUCUAGGAGUAGCCAUCUAUCCUUUCUGAACAUGUAUUUUAUCCAUUAUACAAUGGCGCAUAGAAAUUGGCAACUGUAUUUAAGAUACACACACGGUCAUCUUUAAAAUAAACAUAUGUCGAGCUAGAAUUGUUCCUGCAGAAGAACUAUGAAAUAGAUAUUUUGUCAGAAACUGUCAAAUAAAUUGAGCAGGAUCAUUUCUGGUAUUUUUUCGAUAUCGAGUACAUUUCUGACCUAUGCUGGCUGUAUGUGACAUUCCGAAACAAUUUAUAGUUGUACUAUAUUCCGAUUAACUAUUGAUCAGAAUUUUUCUUUCUUCAAAAGAAAAAUUUAGCCGUAUGUGGGUACCAGCUCCACUAAUCGAACACACUAAAUGAGACAUCCGAAGUCCGGGUAUCUUACUCCUAUCCCAAUAUUCGUUGAAUAGAUCAAAAAAGAUUAAUUACAGAGAUUUUUUCUUUUAGUACAAGCUAUCUGGACAAAUGAUAGUUCGGACAAAAAGCCGAAUGUUACAGAACCUUCCUGUCUCAAGUCUGAAACUGAUCGCGUAAAACCAGGGCUGUCUGUUGGUAAUGGUAAACAUUUAACACAACCAUUUAAAUGUACACAAUCUUCAUCCUCAUUUCUCGGACUUCACGAUGGUAUCACAUCGACGGCUUUACAUCGACCCUCUCAAGGCUUAGAAGCUGGAACUGAACAUUCCUCCUCGGCGUGUCAGUUAGAUACAUUACAGCAACGCUCAGAUUCUAACAAUGUGAAAGAAGACGUGAACAAUAUUUCGUACAAUCGAAGUUUAGCUGGUUGUAUACUUUUAACGUCAGCGCAUCUGUCGAAAAUAUUUUACUAUGUGGAGCAUGGCUGUUUCCAGGAAUUUCGUAAAUUACUUGAAUUACAUUAUGUAGAAGCAGUACAAAUGAAAAAUGAAAAAGGCCAGACGAUUUUACAUGUUGCUGUUAUACAAUCAUUUGCUUAUGUAUGGAUUCGAUUGUUGUUGAUGAGAGAAGUUGAUGCAUGUACAAAAGACAAAGACGGUUACACAGCCGCGCAUUAUGCUGCUGAAAAAGAUGAUUUAGAAAUGUUGAAAGCGCUCACAAUUAAGUUUCAUGGCCAAGUAAAAUUACCAUCCAGCAAUGUAGAAAAAGUUCAUGCUAAUUGCAUGAAAGCACUUACAAUAACUGAACAGUCUGGUAUGACAGUUUUCAUGUUGGCUUGCUAUAAAGGGUCUAUCAAUUGUGCUAGAUACUUACAUGAACAACAACCGCACAAUAAUGUAAAUCUGACGGAUGUUUACGGUGAUACAUCACUGCAUUAUGCUGUUGCGCACAACAAUAAGAAUCUAACAGAAUUUCUUGUGAAUGAAUGUCAGAGUGAUGUCAAUGGUGGAAAUGAAAAACGUCCGAGUCCUUUAGAUAUUGCUUUCUUUAAUAAGAGUUUAGAGCUAGAAAAAUUAUUAUUGUCUAAAAAUGGAAAAAGUCGAUUUCAAAUUAAACGUGAAAGUAAAAAGCGUAAAUUAUUCGAAGAUGAUCUUAGUUUCGAUAUGGAGCGCUUAUCGAUUGAACAAGUGAACAGCCGAUUGAUUAAGUUAGAAUCAGACUUUACUCCUGAUUUUCCAGUUGUCUAA